UGCCCACGAGGCCCCCCGGAGGAGCUUCUCUCAACAGACAAUUCCUCCGUCGGCCAAGUAUGGGGGGCGGCACACGGUGACCAUGAUCCCGGGGGAUGGCAUCGGGCCGGAGCUCAUGCUGCAUGUCAAGUCUGUGUUCAGGUACGGGGUCCACGGGGGGGGGGGACCUGAGCACUCUGUGGCGAGAGGGACAGCGAGCCAGUGGUGGCAGGGCCGUGGGGCUGGGCCUUUGGUUCUGGUGCCUGCGAUCCUGCCAGGAGGGCCCGAGCACGGGGAUGUGGCACCAGGCCCGCCAAGAGCAUCGCGGCACGGGCGUGCCUCCCCGCCCGUUGGCGCAGAGCCAGGUCAGGGAGGGCAGCAGCAGAGCGGCCUCUGCACGCGGCGGUCCAGGCGGGCUUCCUGGAGGAAGGCCCGAGCCAGCUGCCCUGACCCAGCUCUGCCCCAGGCAUGCGUGUGUGCCUGUGGACUUCGAAGAGGUGCAUGUGAGCUCCAACGCCGACGAGGAGGACAUCCGGAAUGCCAUCAUGGCCAUCCGUCGGAACCGUGUGGCUCUAAAGGGCAAUAUUGAAACAAACCACAACCUGCCGCCGUCGCACAAGUCCCGGAACAACAUCCUCCGCACCAGCCUGGACCUCUAUGCCAACGUCAUCCACUGCAAGAGCCUGCCCGGCGUCGUCACGCGGCACAGGGACGUCGACAUCCUCAUCGUCCGGGAGAACACGGAGGGCGAGUACAGCAGCCUGGAGCACGAGAGCGUGGCAGGAGUGGUGGAGAGCCUCAAGAUCAUCACCAAGGCCAAGUCCCUGCGCAUCGCCGAGUACGCCUUCAAACUGGCCCAGGAGACGGGGCGCAAGAAAGUGACGGCUGUGCACAAGGCCAACAUCAUGAAGCUGGGCGAUGGGCUCUUCCUCCAGUGCUGCAAGGAGGUGGCGGCCGGUUACCCCCACAUCACCUUCGAGAACAUGAUCGUAGACAACACCACCAUGCAGCUGGUGUCCCGGCCGCAGCAGUUCGACGUCAUGGUGAUGCCCAACCUCUACGGCAACAUCGUCAACAACGUCUGCGCGGGCCUGGUGGGCGGCCCCGGGCUCGUGGCGGGGGCCAACUACGGGCACGUGUACGCCGUCUUCGAGACCGCUACGAGGAACACAGGCAAGAGCAUCGCCAACAAGAACAUUGCCAACCCCACAGCGACGCUGCUCGCAAGCUGCAUGAUGCUCGACCACCUCAAGCUCCACUCCUACGCCACGUCCAUCCGCAAGGCCGUCUUGGCGUCCAUGGACAACGAAAACAUGCACACGCCAGACAUCGGGGGCCAGGGCACGACGUCGGAAGCCAUCCAGGACAUCAUUCGCCACAUCCGCAUCAUCAACGGGCGGGCGGUGGAGGCCUAGGCCACCCUGGGGACUGUGCCGGCCACUCUGUAGAUGCCCUUUGCACCCCCAGCUCCCUAGCCAGCCCGGGGUGUGGACCCAGAAUAAACCCGCUUCUGCCCA